AUGGGAAGUCAUACAACUGUCGUUAUUAAUGGACUCAAGGCUAUGAAACAGGCCUGUAUCAAACAAGCAGAAGACUUCGCUGGAAGGCCAAAUUUUUAUUCUUUCAAUUACAUUGCUAAUGGUAAAAGUAUGGGUUUCAGUGACUACGGACCAAGAUGGAAGUUGCAUAGGCGUAUCGCGCAAACUGCUUUGGUCAAUUUUACAAACAAACGUCACAACCCCAUAGAAGAGACGAUCAUUCAGGAGGCCGAAUUUUUGACAACUAAUUUCCUUAAUACCCCAGGAAAACCCGUGAACCCCCACAAUGAGAUUUACCUGUCUGUUGGAAACAUUAUAUGUGCGUUGUGCUUCGGAAAGAGAUAUCGUAGGGAUGAUCCUGAUUUUAUGCAGUUGAUUAAGAAUAACGAUGAAUUUAUGGCCUUCGCUGGGGCCGGUAAUCCAGUAGACAUCAUGCCGUGGAUGAGGCAUUUCACAAAGCGAUCUUUUAACAAAUUCGUGAGUAUAUUAGAGACAAUGGACAAGUUCAGUUUGAAAAAGCGUCAAGAACACCUGGAUACUUACAGCCCAAUGAAUAUUCGUGACGUCACAGACGCACUGAUAAAAAUGACGGAGGAUAUCAGCGAGGAAGAAAAACAAUCCGUGGGCCUGACCGAUGAACACAUCUUAAUUACCGUACAGGAGCUAAUUGGCGCUGGGUUUGACACAAUCGCCAGUACUUUACAGUGGAGCGUACUGUUCAUGGCCUCAAACCCCGAGUACCAGGACAUGGUGCAUGCCGAGAUUGAAGAAGUUGUUGGAAUGGACCGAUUCCCAUCCAUGGAUGAUUACGCAUCGUUACCGUUCACAGAAGCAUGCAUUAUGGAAACCAUGCGUCAUUCGUGCAUAUUUCCUUUCGCGCUUCCCCACAGCACAACAAAAGACACGGAACUCAAUGGAAUCUUCAUUCGAGCCAAAACUCUGGUUUUCCUAAAUAUGUGGUCCGUUAAUUAUGAUGAGGAAGUGUUUCCCGAACCGACGGUGUAUAACCCGUACCGAUUUCUGGACUCUGACGGUAAUGUUAACCGGUCCGCGGUCGAUUUGUUCAUGCCAUUUGGCGCCGGAAAACGACGUUGUCCUGGUGAACAACUGGGGCGCAUGGAAAUUUUUCUUUUUUUCACAACCAUAAUGCAGAGAUGCAAGUUUGAAGUCAUUAGAGGAAAAAUCCCAGUUGUAGACAGUAAAUAUGGACUCACCUUAAAACCCAAGGAUUUUGAGGUGUAUGUUUCAAGAAGAACUUAGAGAAUUAUUGUGGUUGUUCUACCACGUGAUGUAGAGCUGUCCGUAACUUGUACAUUGUCAUAUGUUACGUAUUAAAGAUUCCAAACUGUAUUUUUAUUCCAGUACUAAACUAUUUGAAAUCUUUGAU